GCCGUCUUGUUUGUUUGUCGCAUUUAUUGUUUCAUUUGUUACUUUUGCAGUCUUCCAAACAAGGUCUCCGUGUUUGAGUUAGGUGGGCGGAAUUUCCGGUAGGCUGGUGUUUUGUGUGGAACUGAUAAGAGUAACCCAGCGUACGCCGUUAGUUUUGCAUUGAAUCGCUGUAAAAUGUCUCUGAGAAGUUCUGGGACGACGUGUGCAGUUCGUGGCUGUCACAAUAACCGAACGAAACUAAACCUGUGGCUAAAACAAGAGUGUUACGAUCACAAACCGCUCACAAAAUCACAGUGUUCCUGUCCGCAGUGGUUUUCCUUCUAUCGACUGCCCACUGCCGAGCAGGACAGAAGGAUUUGGCUCCGGAACCUGUAUUUGAAAAAGCCUCCGAAGACUCUGUACGUGUGCAGCUUUCACUUUGUUGACAAGAAACCUACAGCAGAGAAUCCUUAUCCGACGCUAUGGCUCGGUUACUACAGACCUCCGGAAAAGAAACGCCGUACACUACAAAGAAAAGAUACCAGCACUGUGUAUACAGAUGAGUUCGGUGGCACAAGUAGUGAGGCUGUUUCAUACCGUGAUGCUCAGAUUCGAGAUGGAUCCAACACUGGAAGACCAACAUAACGUGCUUUGACGAGAUCCAACAUCAAUACAACAAAAAGUUUGUUUUCAGACAGUGUGUGUGAGUGUUCAGUGCCUCCAGUAGAGCUGUAGAAGUUUAAUGACGCUCAUGAAACUGAAGCUUAAUUCAGUCACAUCUGAUCUGUCACAUCGUUUUGGAGUUUCAUGGGAUUGUUAGUGUGUGGAUUGACCGCUUGUCCCACCAGCUCCCCAAUGACAGCUUCUGCACUUCAGCAGGUUCCUCAAUAGCACAUGCAUCAUUAGUCUCUGUUCAGAGAGUGUGCUUUAUCCAAAGAACCUGGAUGCAAAAAGUGAGAAAGUGACAUGCAUAAUUCUCUUUUAUUGUAUGAAAAAAAGAGAAAAGAUUCAAUUAAAGUGAAUGAUCUUUGCUUUUUGGGUGAACCAACCUUUUAAUAAUUCAAAUUAUGUAAUAAAGGAUGAAGUUGGUUUAAAAUGUAAAAUGAAACGAUAUGGCAGAUCCUUUAAACAAUAACUGAUACAAAACUGAAAAAAAAAGAAAAAACAAUCUGCUGUCUCAUCUGUCACACUCCCAUUUUUAACAAUAUGCCUAUUGCUAGUCAUUUCAUUUUGGCAUUAAUAAAAAUUGUUGAUUUUGGUAAAUGAAAGUUUGUAAGUCUCUGCUUUUUUUCUGCUAAACUAAUCAACAAUUCCUGUCCAUCGUAUUGUUGAGGCCAUAUGUGACCCUGGAUCACAAAACCAGUCAUCAUCCCGGAUAGCAAUAGACAAACACCACCAUCCGAUACAUACAAAUAAAAUGAAGACGGAACAAAUACUACAAGAAGAGUUAUAAGCACUUUCUUUAUUUUUACUGAGGUAACGUUAUAAUAAUCUAUACAAGUUUUUAUUCUCGUUAAUCCCCGAGCACCACAAUUCCACUAUAGAAAGAAUCAAACAAAAUCAACCAAAAAAACGAAAACAAAACAGCACUUUUUAAAGAUGCAGAAAUGAGUGCAAUGAGUGUAUGUGUAUCUGUGAUUUGAGGAAACACUGACCAAGCUGGCAGUACGGGUGACUAGAGUGACUCGGGAACAUCAGCAGCGGAAGCCAGUCUCGGCUCCUUCCUUUCCGACAACUCCCAAUCACCGAUUUUAGGAGUAUGGUGCAAAACUCCAGCUCAAAUCCCACAUUAACAGACAGUCAUUCACUGGCCAAGAGAAAUGCCCGUUAGCAACAGGCUAAACAGGAAGCACCGAAGCACCAUCUCCUCUCCACGAUCCACACACUCCGGAUCGAAAGAUCCACCCGCAAGGACUGCCUCCAAAAGGUACGUAACUGGUCAGACCCCCCCUCCAGUCUAU